GCCCCGUGCAAAUAAUCCAUGAGUCAGUCCAUCUUUCUAAGUUUAGUGACUGGCCAUUCAGGCUCCAUGCACAACCCCUUUUUCUGAAUGCAGCCUAUCACUUACUUGGGCUGGAGGCCUGCUACCACGAGCGGCCUCAGAGGAGCUGACAAGCUGGGCUAAGUGUCUGUGCAGCUGAUUUCUUAGUUUGCUGUGUGGGGUUGGACUCCUGGUACUCCUGGAAGGAGCUAGGGUGACCUGUUGUGAGACUGGAUUUGGAUUAGAAGCUCUCCUCACCCACAGUGUGACCUUUUGUGGCUUCAGUUUCCUAAUGUGUAAAGGGAAGGGGUUGAACCAGAAUCCUAUGUUUGGUCCCUUCCUGUCCCAGCUGUGAAUUGCUGGGGUUGGAGGUGGCUACGGGAGGCCUUUGCAGUCCCACAACUCCAUUUGUCUUCUCUAGGAUCUAGGUUCUUUGGCUUUCAGGACUAUUUCAGUAAAAAUUGCCAGAGAAGCAUAAUCAUGUCCAGUGAAGUGUAAAUAUUCACACAUUCAGGCACACCGCCCCUUCAUAAAACAGGAACCUGUCUGUACAGGAAGCACCGUGCUCGUUGUCUGGGUUUUUCCUGCAGCGCUUGCCACCGUCAGCUGAAGAGACAGGCUCCUGGAGUAGUUGUGAUAAUGUCACAGGGAUGAGAGGAGCCUGGCACCUCUGGGAGACCCACUGAUAUGUGACUGCCCUGCCCCUCCCCCUCGUUUUUGAACCUGUUCUGUUAAUGAUUGCACCUAAUUAUGUAUCGUUGGGCUUUUCACUGUUUACCAUUCAAAUGCCCCUCAAAGCUGAUUGUUUGCUUUUGUGUGCUGUAAAUCCUGGCUGCUUUCUGAAGCACAACUUGAUGAUUGUGUAUUAUCAUCCUGGGUUAAGUGCUGUCUCAUUGCUUUGCAGGCUGCCUGCUGUUUCCCUGGGAGAUCAUGAAACGAGGUCGCCUUCCCAGCAGCAGUGAGGAUUCUGACGACAAUGGCAGUGUUCAGGACAGACCUGAUCACAGCCAUGAAGCUACACGACUCCUACCAGCUGAACCCAGAUGAGUACUACGUGUUGGCAGAUCCCUGGAGACAGGAGUGGGAGAAGGGCGUCCAGGUGCCAGUGAGCCCUGGGACCAUCCCUCAGCCAGUGGCCAGGGUUGUGUCAGAAGAGAAAUCCCUCAUGUUCAUCAGGCCCAAGAAAUACAUCGUCUCCUCGGGCUCCGAGCCUCCAGAGCUGGGCUACGUGGACAUCCGCACGCUGGCUGACAGUGUGUGCCGUUAUGACCUCAACGACAUGGAUGCUGCGUGGCUGGAGCUGACCAACGAGGAGUUCAAGGAGAUGGGAAUGCCUGAGCUGGACGAAUAUACCAUGGAGAGGGUGCUGGAGGAGUUCGAGCAGCGAUGCAACGACAACAUGAAUCAUGCCAUAGAGACGGAAGAGGGCCUGGGCAUUGAGUACGACGAAGACGUCGUGUGUGACGUCUGCCAGUCGCCGGAUGGUGAGGACGGCAACGAGAUGGUGUUCUGUGACAAAUGCAACAUCUGCGUGCACCAGGCCUGCUACGGGAUCCUGAAGGUCCCUGAGGGCAGCUGGCUGUGCCGCACGUGUGCCCUGGGGGUGCAGCCCAAGUGUUUGCUGUGCCCCAAGAAAGGCGGAGCCAUGAAGCCCACCCGCAGCGGGACCAAGUGGGUGCAUGUCAGCUGUGCGCUGUGGAUCCCCGAGGUGAGCAUCGGCAGCCCCGAGAAGAUGGAGCCCAUCACGAAGGUGUCCCACAUCCCCAGCAGCCGGUGGGCGCUGGUGUGCAGCCUUUGCAAUGAGAAGUUCGGGGCCUCCAUACAGUGCUCCGUGAAGAACUGCCGCACGGCCUUCCACGUGACCUGUGCUUUUGACCGGGGCCUGGAGAUGAAGACCAUCCUGGCUGAGAACGACGAGGUCAAGUUCAAGUCCUACUGCCCGAAGCACAGCUCCCACAGGAAAGCCGAGGAGAGCCUCGGGGAGGGGGCCGCUCAGGAGAACGGGGCCCCCGAGCGCUCUCCCCGGGACCCGCUGGAGCCCUUCGCCAGCCUCGAGCAGAAGCAGGAGGAGGCCCACCGGGGGAGCGUCCGGAAGCAGAAGCUGCAGCAGCUGGAGGACGAGUUCUACACCUUCGUCAACCUGCUGGACGUGGCCAGGGCCCUGCGGCUGCCCGAGGAGGUGGUGGACUUCCUGUACCAGUACUGGAAGCUGAAGAGGAAGGUCAACUUCAACAAGCCCCUGAUCACCCCAAAGAGGGACGAAGAGGACAAUCUCGCGAAGCGGGAGCAGGAUGUCUUGUUUAGGAGGCUGCAGCUGUUCACGCACCUGCGGCAGGACCUGGAGAGGGUUCGGAACCUCACUUACAUGGUGACCCGCAGGGAAAAGAUUAAGCGAUCUGUGUGCAAAGUCCAGGAGCAGAUAUUCAAUCUUUACACUAAGCUCUUGGAGCAAGAAAGAGUUUCAGGUGUGCCUUCUCCGUCCGGCUCCUCCUCCUCCCUGGAAAGCAUGCUUUUGUUCAACAGCCCAUCCGUGGGCCCCGACGCCCCCAAGAUCGAGGAUUUGAAGUGGCAUUCUGCCUUCUUCAGGAAGCAGAUGGGCACCUCCCUGGUUCACUCCCUGAAGAAGCCCCAUAAGCGAGCCCUGCUGCAGGGCAGUGCCGGGCGGGACGGCGAGACCCUGCUCAGGGAGGGCGUGGGGGUCCCCGAGAGCUUUCUGAGUUUUGAAAAGACCUUUGCAGAAGCUCGUCUCCUGUCAGCGCCACAGAAAAACGGUGUGAUGACGCCGGAUCCCGGGAGCCGGAGGGACCAUCGUUUCCAUUGUGACCUCGGUAAGGGGGAUGGGAAGGACAGACCCUUUAAACAGAGUCACAAGCCGCUCAGGUCCACGGACGUGUCCCAGCGGCACCUGGACAGCACGAGAGCCGCGGGCUCCCCUGCAGUGGGGCAGCCCGCGCCCAGUGGGAGGAGGGAGGCGGCGCCCAAGUGCAACGGCUCCCUGCCCCGGGUGAACUGUAACCAGACCGCAGUCAAAGUGCCUACGACCCCUGCCAGCCCAGUGAAGAACUGGGGCGGGUUCCGGAUUCCAAAGAAGGGGGAGCGGCAGCAGCAGGCCGAGGCCCACGGGGGCGCCUGCCACCAGCACGCAGGCUACCCCUACUUGGGCCUCGGCCGCGUCCCGGCCAAGGACAGGGCCAAGAGCAAGUUGAAAUCCGACACUGAGAACGACGGGUACUCCCCCGACGUGGAGAUGAGCGACUCGGAGAGCGAGGCCUCGGAAAAGAAAUGCAUCCACGCCGGCGGCACCAUCGGCAGGAGGACAGACAUCAUCAGGAGGAGCAUUCUGGCUUCCUGAUGAACCGGAGC